CCUUCUUGCUUUUUCAAACUUCAUGAAAUGGGCUGCAUAGAGUCAAGCACCCGGAGUACAUCUGACUGGAGAUUGUGUGGCAUUGCCGUCUCCCUCUUGCCACAGGCCUCUUCGUGUUUGCCCGUGCAGCUUACCUCGCCUGUUUGUGGGCACCGUGGUGUCACCGUAGCAUUUUACGAAAGAUCAUCGCAUUUACCCCACUCCAAAACCGAGCCGAGCUGGGUGGCACGCCGAGUUGAAUGCUUGGGGAGCCACUCACUCUCUUCUUGAACCAUGACAUCCCAUAAUCGAGCUCUGUAGUAGCCUGUGAAGGAUUUAACAAUUCUUGAGAGAUGACUCCAUCCGGUAGAACCUGGUCAGAGUUGAGCCGUUCAUGCCAGCCCAGCGGUCUAAGCGUAGAUGAGAUAACCUUGUUCAGACCUCACCGAUUCCGAUGCCCUGGGGUUGUCAGUGACCAGUUAAUACGACUUCUUAAGACCGCAAAUCUAAACUCCCUGACAUCUCCGUUUCCUUACCUCCUAACAUCUUCAGUGACGUCAGCAUUCAGAGCUGUUCCGCGAACCGUUUGCUGUGCGUUUCUCGCAAUGGAGACAACAUCUCACUGGGUCAAUAAUCCUUCAGUAUCUUUUGCUUGCGCCUCCAGUUAUCAGAUGUGCUGCAUUUCUCCCCUUGCUUUUUUGGCU